AUGUCGUCGCGUGUGCCGACCCAUAUUGCCUUAUGUGUUCUCAUCUGUGAACCGUCUGUCGCCACCCAUUGCAGCCGGGAGAUGGACAGCAGGGACACCCUCCGGGGGCUACACAAGAUGGAGGACCGGCCGGAGGAGCGGAUGAUCCGGGAGAAGCUGAAGGCCACCUGCAUGCCAGCCUGGAGGCACGAGUGGCUGGAGCGGAGGAGCCGCAGGGGCCCCGUGGUGGUAAAGCCAAUCCCUGUUAAAGGAGACGGAUCUGAAAUCAGUAACUUGGCAGCUGAGGCGCAAGGAGAGGCCCAGGCGAGCCCGGCGUCUCCAGCUCCCAAAGGCCGCAGUCCAUCCCCUGGCUCCCCGUCUGGGCGCACGGUGAGGCCUGAGUCUCCGGGAGUGAGGAGGAAGAGAGCGUCCCCGGUGCCUUUUCAGAGUGGAAGGACCACGCCCCCUCGGAGAGCCCCGUCCCCCGACGGCUUCUCCCCGUACAGCCCCGAGGAGACUAGUCGCCGGGUGAACAAGGUGAUGCGGGCCCGGCUGUACCUGCUGCAGCAGAUCGGCCCCAACUCCUUCCUGAUCGGAGGGGACAGCCCGGACAACAAGUACCGCGUGUUCAUCGGGCCACAGAACUGCAGCUGUGGGCGCGGGGCGUUUUGCAUCCACCUGCUGUUCGUUAUGCUGCGGGUGUUCCAGCUGGAGCCUUCAGACCCAAUGCUGUGGAGAAAGACUUUGAAGAACUUUGAGGUUGAGAGUUUGUUCCAGAAAUAUCACAGUCGCCGUAGCUCUCGGAUCAAGGCUCCAUCUCGUAGCACCAUCCAGAAAUUCGUCUCCCGCAUGUCCAACUCUCAUACGUUGUCAUCAACUAGUGCUUCCACGUCUAGCUCAGAAAACAGCGUCAAGGAUGAAGAAGAGCAGAUGUGCCCCAUCUGCCUGCUGGGCAUGCUGGAUGAGGAGAGCCUGACUGUGUGCGAGGAUGGCUGCAGGAACAAGCUGCACCACCACUGCAUGUCCAUCUGGGCAGAAGAAUGUAGAAGAAACAGAGAACCUCUGAUAUGUCCCCUCUGCAGGUCCAAGUGGAGGUCCCAUGACUUCUACAGUCACGAGCUGUCCAGCCCUGUGGACUCUCCCACCUCCCUGCGGGCGGCCCAGCCGACCCCAUCACAACGCAGGAGCCAGGAGAGCAGCUUCAGCCUCACUCACUAUGGAGCUCAGCAGGUGCCUCCUGCCUACAGAGACCUGGCUGAGCCCUGGAUUCAGGUGUUCGGGAUGGAGCUCGUCGGCUGCUUGUUUUCCAGAAACUGGAACAUCCGGGAGAUGGCUCUCCGGCGUCUCUCCCAUGAUGUCAGCGGGGCGCUGCUGCUGGCCCACGGGGAGAGCACCGGACACUCGGGGGGCGCGGGCGGGGGCCGGAGCAGCCCGGGGGCCGCCAGUGCACCCUCCCCGCCCAGUGCGCCCGGGGACGUGGUGGGCGCCUGCUGCAGCGUGCUGUCUAUGGUCUGUGCCGACCCUGUCUACAAAGUGUACGUUGCUGCUUUAAAAACGCUGCGGGCCAUGCUGGUGUACACUCCCUGCCACAGCCUGGCGGAAAGAAUCAAACUGCAGAGGCUCCUCCGGCCGGUGGUGGACACCAUCCUGGUCAAGUGUGCAGAUGCCAACAGCCGCACAAGCCAGCUGUCUGUGUCGACCCUGUUGGAGCUGUGCAAGGGCCAGGCGGGGGAGCUGGCAGUUGGCAGAGAAAUCCUUAAAGCUGGAUCCAUUGGUAUUGGUGGUGUUGAUUACGUCUUAAAUUGCAUUCUUGGAAACCAAGCAGAAUCUAACAACUGGCAGGAGCUCCUGGGCCGCCUCUGUCUCAUCGACAGGCUGCUGCUGGAGUUUCCUGCUGAGUUUUACCCCCACAUUGUCAGCACCGAGGUUCCACCAGCCGAGCCUGUGGAAGUCAGGUAUAAGAAGCUGCUGUCCCUCCUGGCCUUUGCGUUGCAGUCCAUUGAUAAUCCCCACUCGAUGGUCGGCAAGCUCUCCCGGAGGAUCUAUCUGAGCUCUGCGCGGAUGGUCACCGCCGUUCCCCACGUGUUUUCAAAGCUGUUAGAAAUGCUCAGUGUCUCCAGCUCUGCCCACUUUGCCAGGAUGCGACGCCGUUUGCUGGCCAUCGCAGAGGAGGUGGACAUCGCCGAGGCCAUCCAGCUGGGCCUAGGGGACACCCUGGACAGCUGGCAGGACAGCUUUCUGCAGGUUUCUGUCCCUAAGAGCCAUCCAGAAACCCCAGAGGACAGCCCCCCUCAGUGCACAGACCAUGCAGAGAAAACUGGAAGAGGGCUGCGGGCCACGGGGCUGAGUGCCAGCUCCGAGGACAUUUCCGACAGGCUGGCCAGCAUCUCCGUCGGACUUCCUAGCUCAGCGACGAUGGAGCGGCCAAAGCCAGCGGUUCAGACGAAAGGCAGGCCCCACAGUCAGUGUUUGACCUCCUCUCCCGUGUCCCCUCACUCCCAGCUGGUGUCCCCGGCCUCCUCCACCCCGCCUGUCCCCGCUGGCCCUGGAGCAGACACCUCCAAGCACAGACCUCAGGGCCUCGUUCCCUGCAAAGCACCCUCUGCUUCGCCCCAGACUCAGCGCAAGUUUUCCCUGCAGUUCCAGAGAAACUGUCCCGAAAGCAAAGACUCAGACAAGCUCUCCCCAAUCUUCACCCAGGCCAGGCCCCUGCCCUCCAGUCAUAUACACAGGCCAAAGCCAUCCCGCCCCUCCCCAGGCCACACGGGUGGACAGGGAGACACCUCUGCAACUGGCACGAUGCUCAACCUGAGCAGUGCAUCCGAAGGUGGCGACAGCUUUGGUGGCGGCAGCCAAAGUGGCGGCGCUGUGAUCCCUAGCGACGAGACGGUGUUCACCCCCGUGGACGACAAGUGCAGGCUGGAUGUCAGCACCGAGCUCACCUCCAGCAUUGAGGACCUUCUGGAGGCCUCCAUGCCCUCAAGCGAUGCCACCGUGACGUUUCAGUCGGAAGUUGCUGUCCUCUCUCCUGAGAAGGAUCAAAGUGAUGACACCUACAAAGAGGACGUGAGUCACAAUCAGAAGUGCAAGGAAAAGAUGGAGGCGGAGGAGGAGGAGGCGUUAGCCAUCGCCAUGGCGCUGUCCGCAUCUCAGGACGCCCUCCCCACGGUGCCCCAGCUGCAGGUGGAGAAGGGAGAGGACGUCGUCAUCAUCCAGCAGGACACACCGGAGACUCUGCCAGGACACACCAAAGCGAAACUGCCCUACAGAGAGGACACGGACUGGCUGAAGGGGCAGCAGAUCGGCCUCGGGGCUUUCUCUUCCUGUUACCAGGCUCAGGACGUGGGAACUGGGACCUUAAUGGCUGUUAAACAGGUGACGUACGUCAGAAACACGUCGUCGGAGCAGGAGGAGGUGGUGGAGGCGCUGAGGGAGGAGAUCAGGAUGAUGAGCCACCUGAACCACCCCAACAUCAUCAGGAUGCUGGGGGCCACCUGUGAGAAGAGCAAUUACAACCUCUUCAUCGAGUGGAUGGCAGGGGGAUCUGUGGCACAUUUGCUCAGUAAAUACGGAGCCUUCAAGGAGUCCGUGGUUAUCAACUACACUGAGCAAUUACUCCGCGGCCUCUCGUAUCUCCAUGAAAACCAGAUCAUCCACAGGGAUGUCAAAGGUGCCAACCUGCUCAUUGACAGCACAGGUCAGAGGCUGAGAAUUGCUGAUUUUGGAGCUGCCGCCAGGUUGGCAUCAAAAGGAACUGGUGCUGGAGAGUUUCAGGGACAGUUACUGGGGACCAUUGCGUUCAUGGCACCCGAGGUCCUGAGAGGCCAGCAGUAUGGGAGGAGCUGCGACGUGUGGAGCGUGGGCUGUGCCAUCAUAGAGAUGGCCUGUGCUAAGCCGCCCUGGAAUGCAGAGAAGCACUCCAAUCAUCUCGCUCUGAUAUUUAAGAUCGCAAGUGCAACAACUGCUCCAUCGAUCCCUUCCCACCUGUCUCCCGGGUUACGGGACGUGGCUCUUCGCUGUUUAGAACUUCAACCUCAGGACAGACCUCCGUCGAGAGAGCUACUGAAGCAUCCCGUCUUCCGCACGACGUGGUAGCCAGCUAUGCAGACAAACUCUAGCGGAGACAGGAUGUUCAAUAAGAGAAAAACUGUAGUGGGAACCACGUUGAUAAUCCACUGGCCUUCCCGCCACUGAACAGCUAUGAACGAGCCCGGUGGGGAACCUUACCUAAGUAUGUGAUUGACAAAUCAUGGUCUGUACCUAAGCUGAGUCUGCAGAGCCACACCUGUGCAGGACUGCACACCGUGCCUUUCAGGGACCUGCCCAAGGUGAGCAGGAGCAGUGAAGUUUGCAUGACUAGUUAACAGGAGCAAAGUUUUCUUGUUAUUGCUUUGGAGCACUUUUUCAGCAACAUUAGCAGCUGAGGGGCUCAGGAUCUGUUUCACUGUUUCAACUCUUCUUCCAUUUCAUGUCCUGACCGCAGCAGGGGUUCUGCAUUCCACUCAGUUUUUCGUCACUGGCUCUACAAAUCAGUAUCUGCCUCCUUUAGGUCAGAAUAGGCUAUGAGUAGCAGUAAAUAAAUGUUUUUUAAAGUUGAUGACUUCUUUAUGACCCACAGUUGACCUUUAUUUUUUAAAAGCUGGGCAGUUGUGGUUCACUGUGCAUUUUACUGUUGGCCCAUUCAUUUCGUUUUGGAAAUUAUGGUUCUGUAUUUUCAUUUCACCUUCAUUUUUGUUUAAUAUUCAGGGAAAGGUGAUCUUUUCAAACCAGAAAAAAGUAGAACUAGAUGUGAACUAGUGUUUAUUGACUAUCUUGCUGUGGCAAGAGUUUUUUAAUACAGAAUUCUGUUUGUUUUUAAAAAUGGGUUUUACUACUACCUUCAUGGAGCCCAUCACUGCUCUUCUUGGGCAAAAUCAAUGUAAAUUCAGUGAAAAACCACUAUUCUGUGAGACAGCCGCAGCCAAGAUCAGCAUUACCUUGAGAUCCAUUUGCGUUUCUGUGGCGUGUUGGUUGUGUCUGUAGGAAGCCUCACUGCUUGCGCCUCACUCUGACAGAUGUCAUGCUGGCGCGAGCACCGAGCUGCUGUUUUCCUUCUCUCCACAGAGGCCCUGGUGGGAACGAGGGGAAAACUAACCUCCUUACUCAGCCACCCAUGAGUAAUGGUGUUUCUAAACUAUAAGUUUCCCUGGAACUUGGAAAAUGUGCUCAUAGAAAAGUGAAACUGAAUUUCAUUUACACACUAAUUCACUGGAUUUUACACAAUUACCUAAUGGUUUUCGUCUCAGUUGAAUUCGGACGUGUGGAAUCCGGAAGGAAAAUGGCAGCUCUUUCCUCCUCUUUCGUGAGUCUCUAAAUCAAGUACUGACUGAGUAUUUUACACAACUUUUGAGAUGUCAAGUUUUAACUCUUCAGAAGCCAGCUGAACCGUUGCAGGAUGAAAUAGAAUUGGUUCUUCUCAAAGACUCAGGAUAAACUAAAUAAGCUAUACAGAGUACAUUUUAAAUGUACAACACAAAUUGGAAGUAAAAUAACUUACAAGUUUACAGGGAUAUAUUGCAUAUAAUUUUUAAAAGGCAGUUUUUAAAUGUGAACGUGUUUCCGUGAAAUUUUACAUUCCUUUGUUUUGGAAGAUUGGCAAUAUUUGAAGAGUUAAAAAUAGUGCUGAAAUGUGAAGUUUGGUAGCUCUAAAUGUGUUGUACUUGACUUUCUUUUUUAUUUCCUCUCUUUUUUUGACUACUUGGAAUUUUCACAGUUCUAAUGAGAUUGUUUCGAGUCGUGUGCAGGCUUUAAAGGAUGCACUCUUGCCAUUUAAUUACUGGAAGAUCACUGGUCAGAUUAGUCUGCGUCUGACAGCCAUGUAAACUGUACACUGAGGAACCUCAGCGAAUCAGUAUUACUCUAGAUCACCGUGCCCACACAGUGCAGACUCAGACAGCCGCUAUUUGUCGAGACCCACUGUUUGAGUUUGUCUGCAGUUCCCUCAGCUUGCUGGUAAUUGUGGUGUUUUGUUUUGUUUUCAAUGCAAAUGUGAUGUAAUAUUCUUAUUUUCUUUGGGUCAAAGCUGGACUGAAGAUUGUAUUGUGUGCUUGUUUUGUGCCCUAAUGUUCGGUACUCGAGUUGUGAAUGACGCCUACUGCUGUUUAUUCCAGUUUCUGCUACCUCAGGGUCCUAUAGAUUCUUCUACCAAAGCUCACUUUCACAAUGAAAUUGUACUUGCUGUGUGACUAUGAUCCCUAAGACUUCCAGGGCUUAAGGGCUAACUUCUCUUAGCACCUUACUGUGUAAGCAAAUGUUACAAAAAAAUCUCUGGGUUAAGAAAAUUUGGCUUAAAUGUAUCCUUUGUUAUUUUAAAUAUAUCAAGAUAUUUUAAUUAAAAUUUUUACCCCAUUGAACCAAUUUUAUAGUAUUUGUACCUAUUUUGGUGUUUUGUCUUUAUAGUAAAUAAAAGUUUUUAAACAAA